AUGGCUCGCGUCGGGAUUUACCACGCUGCAUUGGCCUUUCUGGCCGUGUCGGUGCUUCUUCCCUGCUCCACCGCGGCGAUUCUCAAGGCGUGGGGCGGCGCGCAGCCUCUGGAACCGAUGGCCAACGCGCUGAUCGCCGAAUGGAACAAUAAAGUCAAAGCCGCGCUGAAAUUCGGUCCGUACGAUCCCUCCAGCUCCAGCAAUGGCGUUGCGGGGUUCUACAACGGGACCUACUUAAUCGGCGCCUCAUCUGAGCCAAUCAGCGCCGACAAGGAGAUCGCAACGAUCCCCAAGAUCACCGUCCCUCUCGCCAUUGUCACGUACAGCUUCUUCGUGACAAAAGCCGCGGGAGCGAAGCCACUGGUUCUGAACGCUGCGCAAUCGUAUCAGAUCUUCUCUGGAGCGAUCACUUCCUGGGGCGAUGUUCCCGCCGCGGCGGCCGCGAAGCUCACGGGCACGAUCACGCGCGUCGCGCGGAGCACCAAGGUCGCGACGACGGCGAUCGUGCAGCAGAUGUGGGUGAAAGCCGCCGCGGGUUACCCGGCCAGCAGCGACACUACCGGCAAGCCCUUCACUUAUACCGGCCUCGUUUUCGCCGCGACGAGCGGCGAAAUGUGCACCAAAAUCGCCGGGACGCCCGGCAGCAUCGGGUAUUCGCACACGGGCGGAUGCAAGAACAAGCCUGGCGUGGCGGAAGUGGCUCUUAAGAACAGGAAGAAUGCGGCCGUCUUGUCUCUGAACUGGAAUCCCAUUGUCGCCCUUCCCACCAAGGUUCCUGCUCCGGACAAGUCCUGGGACACCGUCGAUCUGAUCUGGACUGCGAAUGCCAAGGCGCCUCCCAUGGUCUCCAUGCAAUAUUCUUUCAUUAAGAAGAAUCUCAAGACACCCAAGGUCCCUAACGGUGCAGUUGCAAAGGCGUUUCUGCUCUUCAUCAUUCCCAAGGCGGGCCAGAAAGCAUCUACCAGCGGGUUCCUGCCAGUUUCCGGCCAAGUGGUGGGCUCCUUCUUAUACGGCCAUCAACAACACGGUUGUUGUGUAGUAGGUAGUGUUUUGAUAUAA